GUCUCGUCAAGCAUAUGCGUCAGUCGGUGGCAGUGUGAGUAUCACGUGCGCAUUGAGCAGUUUGUUUCUUCAUGAAACCACCAGGCUCACGAGCCACAGUCAACACGUAGAGUGUGGUUACAGCGGGUUGGUAGUAACUCUAUGGUUCCGCCGAGCUGUCGUCGCUCUUGUGCAGCGUCGGACAACAUUCACAGCGUCGUGUGCGUGUGUCACGUGACGGGGUCAUGUGACCUGUCGUCCACCACACUUCUCAAGCAACAUGGCGGCAGCUGCGUCCGUGUUCCACCGAGUGAGGACUGGCUCCAGGAUAGGAGCUCAGUACGACCAGGACGGGAACGUCAUCCAGGUGGAGACCAGAGAGGAUGAGGAGCAGAGCGUGAAGCUGGCCGAGAUCCUGGAGCUCCUGCUGGCUGCCGGUUACUUCAGAGCCAGAAUUAAAGGGCUGUCGCCUUUUGACAAGGUGGUCGGGGGUAUGACCUGGUGCAUCACCACAUGUAACUUUGACAUUGACGUGGAUCUUCUCUUUCAAGAAAACUCAACUAUCGGCCAGAAAAUAUCUCUGACAGAGAAAAUAGUUUCUGUUCUUCCGAAGAUGAAGUGUCCUCAUCGCCUGGAACCUCAUCAAAUCCAAGGGCUGGAUUUUAUCCACAUUUUUCCAGUGAUACAAUGGCUGGUGAAGAGAGCCAUAGAAACCAAGGCAGAGAUGGGCGACUAUGUGAGAGCGUACUCUAUCUCUCAGUUCCAGAAGACCCACAGCCUCCCAGAGGAUGAAGAGUUACUCCAGAGGAAAGACGAGGCUGCAGAGGCCCUGCUGGAUGUUCUGGAAGUUUACAAACCGCAGAGAAAGUACAGGAGGCAGAAGGAUGCAGGGCAACUGCUGGAUGAAGAGUCCAGGGUUCACUCCACUCUGCUGGAAUACGGCAGGCGAUAUGGUGUCAGCAAGCAGUCCAAACAAGUCAAGGUGGAUGAGGAGAAGGCUCUGCUGGCCAGUAGUCAGGUGACCUUUCCUGGGAUGGCAGAGGUGUCCGAAGAAGAGGACCUGCAGGCAGCAGAGGAGAUGCGAAUCAAAACUCUGAUGACCAGCAUGGCUGCUAUGGCAAAUGAAGAGGGGAAGCUGACUGCGACUGCAGUGGGUCAGAUCGUGGGACUGCAGUGUGAGGAGAUCAAACAGAUCGCCUCCGAGUACGCUGAGAAGCAGUCGGAGCUGACUUCAGACGAGCGUUCCGAGCGCUCUGGGCAGCUGCAGCAGCAUCGCAGGGCAGUAGCCUCGCUCACCAAACAGAUCCAGCAGAAGAGCAAACAGUUGGAGGAGCUACAAGCUCGGCAUGCAGAGUUGAAGACGGGGUGUGAUGAGGCCAAGAGAAAACUGAUGGAGGCAACACAGCAAUUGGAUAAUGUGGAAAAAGACCUGAAGUCUCUGGAGGAGGUGGAGGGGCAGGCUGACAGUGGCCUGUUGGAGAAGCUGAGAGCUCAGGUCACCAUGAAUGAGAACCUGAAGCAGCAGGAGCAGGAGUUCCGCACGCACUGCAGGGAAGAGAUGGCGCGUCUGCAGCAGAACCUUGAGGAGUUGAACAUGGCUUCAGGGCAAGAUACAGAGGAGGAGAAGGAGAGGACCCAGCUGAUAGACAAACAGUACAACACAGACAGAGAGAAACUACAGAAGAUCCGUCUGCUAAUGGCUCGGAGGAACCGGGAGAUCGCCAUCCUGCAGAGGAAGAUUGACGAGGUGCCGAGCCGGGCCGAGCUGACCCAGUACCAGAAGAGAUUCAUCGAACUCUACAGCCAAGUUUCUGCAACACACAAAGAGACCAAGCAGUUCUUCACUCUGUACAACACGUUAGAUGACAAAAAGGUUUAUCUGGAGAAGGAGGUCAAUCUGCUGAAUUCCAUUCAUGACAACUUCCAGCAAGCCAUGUCGUCUUCAGCCGCCAAAGAGCAGUUCCUCAGACAGAUGGAACAAAUAGUGGAGGGAAUCAAACAAAGCCGCAUCAAGAUGGAGAAGAAGAAGCAGGAGAACAAAAUGAGGAGAGAUCAGCUGAAUGACGAAUACUUGGAGCUGCUCGAUAAGCAGAGGCUCUACUUCAAAACUGUCAAGGACUUCAAGGAGGAGUGCCGGAAGAAUGAGAUGCUGCUGUCCAAGUUGAGAGCUAAAGGAGCCUCCUAGCCCCAAGGCUACCGGUUCAUCUGAAGAGAUUAUCAUUUAUGUAUUAGACUUUUUUCAACAUUCCACACCUUCCACUCAUUCUUCGGUUGUAAUCCAGCACUUACAGUAGGACUUGGAUCUGAAACCCUGUGAGACGAGUCCAGGACACUGUACUGAUACUGUGCCGUUCACUUGUGCCAAAUUCAGCAAACGGCCUUUAACUGAUGGAGACAAAAGAAGCUGUGGAGUGUUUGACUCGCUGGUGAGAUCUGCAGCCUCUAACAACCGCCAUGUUCACAAACGUUCAACAUGAGGAACAAAUGUCCAGUUCAUUCAUAAGUCAACUGACGUUUCCUUUAAAGCCUCAGAAGGUGCCUUAACGUGUUUACUGAUGCUACAUGAUAGUUCUUAGUCCAUCAUAUUGUGCUGAUGCCUCUGAUCACCUCAUGUCUUAUAUUUCCUCGUGUCACCAUUCAAUGAGCAUGUGUGUGCAGUACUUGAUGAAUAAAAUAAUCGUAAUGCU